AUGACCUACGACAAAGCAGCCGACGUGAUACGGAUGGAGGUUACGCCAGGAACACCUUUGCUACAUCCUUUGCCAGGACAGUACUACUUUUUGUACCAGCCAUUCAGACUCAGUGGCUGGGAGAGCCAUCCGUUCACUAUCGGAGCUUGGUCUUACGAAACAGGGGAUGAUUCUUCAUUAACACCGACAUCCACAACAAGAUUUAUUGAGUCAAUUGAUUUCUCCCAUGUACCGCUUCUUGCGGGGGGAUCCCCACACUCGGAUUACCAACGUCACUUAACAAGGGAUUCUACGGAAGAAGAACAUUCUUUGAAGCUGAGAUUUAUCUUUUGGGUCCGACCAUAUGAUGGCUGGACUCGCGCAUUGCGUGAGCAAUGUUUACUUUCACCAAACCCGAUUAGCGAAACAACUGUGCUCCUUGAAGGCCCCUACGGGGAUACCUUCCCUUUAUGGAAAUACGAAUCAGUGUUGAUCAUCGUCGGUGGCACGGGGAUAGCAUCAGCCGUUCCGUACAUUCAGGAUCACCUUCGCCGUUCUGACCAAAACUGGGAAGAGAAUCCUAAAAACGAGAAAACACAGGUUCGAGACAUUCACCUUGUUUGGACAACUAGACAAGCGGCUUUCAUCCACGAAGUUUCCAGUCGCGAAUUAAAACCUGCUCUUGAGCGAGACGAUUUUAGCGCCUCAUUUUACGCUACUCGUGAUACAACUGCAUGUUCUGAAGAUCUUAGCGAUUUUGGAUAUGAAGUACAAGAAGGUCGACCCCACCUUCAAUCUCUGAUCAUGAGUCGAGCCUGCGAUGCAUCUUCAGCUGGGUGCAGUCUUGCUAUCCUUGUGUGUGGCCCCCACGGAAUGGCGGAUGAAGCACGCGCUGCGACCCAUCUUGCCAUGCGACAAGGCCACCGCUCCAUCAAAUUCGUGGAGGAGUCGUUUAUGUGGUAA